GGAAGAAAUUAUGCUCAAGUACAGAGAGAAGCGUAUGCAGUCGUGUUUGCAGUUCGCAAAUUUCACAAGUUUUUGUAUGGAAGAAAGUUCACCAUUUUGUCGGAUCACCAGCCAAUAAAAACAAUUUUUGGAGAAAAUCAGGGGUUGCCUACUUUAGCUCAUGCUAGAAUUCAGCGAUGGGCGGUGACAUUAUCGGCAUAUAACUAUGAGAUUAGAUACAAAAAAGCUAGUGAGAUGUCAAAUGUUGAUUGUCUUUCGAGAUUGCCGCUUUCUGAGAUGUUCGAAGAAAGUAAGGUAGAGGAACAAGUUUUUGCUUUCACAUAUGAAGAUAACCUGCCUAUUACGGCAGAGCUGAUUUGUGAAGAGACAAAGAAAGACAAAUGUGUGAGUGAAGUCAUUGAAAACAUUAAACAUGGGUGGUCUUACUGCAACAAUGAAAAAUUGAAGCCCUAUUUUCAAAGAAGAAAUGAGCUGAGUGUAGAAUGUGAUUGCCUAACUUGGGGAAAUCGAGUUGUAAUACUAGAAUCCUUAAGAGGUGCACUGUUGGAAAUUUUACAUGAAAGUCACUUCGGAAUUGUAAGAUGAAACUGAGAGCUAGAAGCGAUUUUUGGUGGUCAAAUAUCAACGACCAUAUUGAGCAAUUUGUUAGUCAAUGUCAAGCAUGCCAAAUAUUGAGUAACCGUGAAAAAAAUGUCAGCAUAUCAGCUUGGGAAAAAAGUGAGAGAAACUUUUCGAGAAUUCAUGUUGAUUUUUUUGAUUUGGAAGGCUACAAAUUCUUUUUGGUGAUAGAUACCACGUCAAAAUGGUUAGAGAUUUUUCGAAUGAAUGGAACAAAUGCUCUAAAGACAAUUGUAAGACUUCGUGAAGUUUUUAGUAGAUUCGGUCUACCUGAAGUUUUGGUGGCAGACAAUGGACCCCCUUUUAACAGUGAGAAAUUUCAUCAGUUCUGUAGAUCCAAUGGAAUACAUGUAAUUAACACACCACCGUAUCACCCAGAAUCUAAUGGCAGUGCAGAGAAAUGCGUUUCGACAGCAAAAAAAUCUUUGAAAAAAGUAUUUUUACAGGAUGAAUUGUCAGUAUUGAACAUUAAAAAAGCUAUGGAAAAUGAUAUUUUCAACCGAAAUUUGUAUGAGAAAUGCGAUUCAAUUGAGCAUAAGUUGGAUAAUUUCUUGUUUAAUUACAGGAACACUCCAAGUACCGUCACAAUGAAGUCACCGGCCGAACUGCUAUUUAAACAAGUUCCCCGAACUAAACUAAACAUGUUUCAUCCAAAAUAUUUAAAAGGGAAGGUAGAAAGGAAAAGAGAACAAGUCGUAGCCCAGAGACAAAACAAGGGAAGACGUGAAAAUAUAAUGUAUUUAGUGAAUCAGUCAGUGAUGCUAUAUAUGACACAGCUGAAGAAGUGGGUUACAGCUAAAGUUUUAACAGCAGUUGGUAUAAAUUCUCACUUAGUUAUGACCUCAGAAGGAAGAGUUCGGUAUUUUCACGCGGAUUAUUUGAAACCAACUUUUCAACAAUUUCCAGAAAUAGAUGUUUCCGUAGAUGGAUCAGAUAAAACAGAUAAGUCGGCGGUAGAAAACUUCCAAAAGUC